AUGAGUAUCCCACUUGGCAAGGCUCUUUCACUUUUUCAACAAUCUGUUAAUACAAAAGUGGAGCCUGUGCUACAAUAUGACUGGAUACAUAAGUUAAAUUCAAAGAAAAAACUCGAAGAUCUCGAAGAUUUGUAUCAUAAUCUUUCCAAAGCCUCCCAAAACGCCAUGAUUGUCAAAUUGGAGUGGAACAGGAUCGACAUCAACAACGAGUUCCUCAUGUACAUUCUAACUCUUCCCUGUUUGAGAGAUUUAAGUAUUUGCCACUGUCACGUUUCUGAUGAAUCUAUUCGGCUUUCUCUUUUAUCAGAAAUAGUUUCCAAGCUUCCUCUCGAGAAGUUGAGUUUGCGGAGAACGUUCAGGAACGAGCACGGCCUUCUUAGAGAACUUCGGCAGAGUUUGAUUUCGAACAAAACUCUCCAAAGUUUGGAUGUCUCUGAUUUAGCGAUUGGAGAUGUUGGCAUUGCCAUUUUACAGGAUGUAGUGUCGAACAGCAGCUCAUUGUCAUCAAUCAACUUCGAUAAGUCUGAUGGAAUGGACGUGGGAGUGUUAAUCGACAUGUUUAACACAUUGGCGGCAAUUCCUAGAAUUACAAAAGUGACAAAACCAAGACAUGACAUCCAAGUCAUUUCUAGCGAGCACAGCAGGAAGACGGCGCAAGAGAUAAGGUCUGCAUGGGGAAGACUUUCAUCGGCAAUGAAGAAAAGAUCAAGAAAUGAUGAUGAAAGCACUGAAUUGGAUCCGGAAUCUUCAAUUGCGGCAAAUUCACAAUCAAGUGCAAGCCCUGCAAAAUUGAAUAUUCCGAGAGCAAAUACUACUAAUGUAUCUUGGAAUGUUGAUGGUGAACCUCAGGUUCCAAAUAUGGCAACAGAAUGGGAAGCAAUGAAAUCAAGAUUUUCAUAUCCAAACUUGACUGGAUUGCCUGUAAUUUCUAUCUCUGAUAAUCUUAACUUUAGCCUUUAA